AUGGCGAAACUCGGAUUUUUUCGUACCCUUGUUUUGUUCUUUCUUGUUGAACUCACCUUCGCUGCCUAUUCGCCGGCACCCACGCCGUCACUCGGUGAAGACUCGUCACCGCUACUCGCUCCUACUCCAGUGAAUGGAUCCCCUGACUCAGCACCUUCAAUCUCACCGGUGAUGGCUGCUUCGCCACCGGCUCCAUCUGCAUCAGAUAUGGCGCCAGGAACCUCACCCGCGAGUUCUCCUGCUCCUUCUCCGUACGAUGCAAGCGAUAUCGACCACGGAAACAUCAAUGCGAAAGGAAGCGAAGAGAAGGCCGGUGGUGGAGGAGGAAUGAGCGGCGGAAAAAAGGCGGGAGUCGUGAUUGCUGUGGUGGGGACAGCGUGUUUGGUUGGCUUCGGUGGAUUGGUUUACAAGAAGAGACAAGAUAAUAUCAGGAGAGCUCAGUACGGAUACGCUGCAAGAAGGGAAAUUAUGUGA